UAUGUAUUCACAUUUUGAGUUUUAUAUUCUGUAUAAUAUAUAGUUCCGUAACCCAAACCAAUCUCUAGAACACAAGACGAGUUCCUCAUAUAUCCUCUCUAUCUCUAUCUCCAAUGGAUUCAGAGACGACCAUACCGAGCCAGAACCAAGAAGAGACCAAGACGGAGUCAACAGAGUUCGAGAAGAAUCAGAAGCGGUACCAAGACUUGAUCGCCACGUUUCCUCACGUGAAAGGUUGGUUUACGGAAGCUCCGUUGAUCGAGUAUGGUGGUCACUGGUUCAUACAACCAGUCUUAGAAGGUUGCCUUCACGCGCAAGACUUCUUCCAAGCACGACCUAGUGACAUCCUUGUUUGUACUCACCCAAAGUCAGGUACCACUUGGCUCAAAGCUCUAACUUUCAUCAUCGUUAAUCGAUCUCGCUUCGAAGACGAUUCCACCAACCCUCUCCAUAAAAGCAACCCUCACGAGCUUGUUCCUUUCAUUGAGAUUGAUUUCCCUUUGUUCCCUCAAGCUGAUAGCCUCAAAGACAAAGAAAACACUCUCUUUGCGACUCAUAUCCCACACGGUUUGUUACCCGAAUCGAUUACAAAAUCCGGUUGUAAAAUGGUUUACAUCUGGAGAGACCCAAAGGACACGUUCAUCUCCAAGUGGGCUUUCUUUGAAAAGCAGAAGUCAGACCUUGGCUCUCUCACCAGUCUUGAGGAGUCUUUCGAUAUGUUCUGUCGAGGUGUUUCUGUGUACGGUCCUUACCUAGAUCAUGUCUUUGGGUAUUGGAAAGCUUACCAAGAGAAUCCAGAUAAGGUUUUGUUUCUCAACUACGAGACUAUGAGAGCUGAUCCUUUGCCGUAUGUGAAAAGAUUGGCUCAGUUUAUGGGCUAUGGAUUCACAGUUGAGGAAGAGGAAAAAGGUGUAGUUGAGAAAUUUGUGAACCUUUGCAGCUUCGAGACGCUGAAAAAUCUUGAUGUCAACAAAGGGGAGAGAAACAGAGAGGGCAUCCCUGCGGUGUAUUAUCCGAACAGCGCGUAUUUCAGGAAAGGUAAGGUUGGAGAUUGGCAGAACUACCUGACUCUAGAGAUGGCUGCUCGUAUAGAUGGACUGAUGCAAGAAAAAUUCAAGGGAACUGGUUUGCUUGAACAUGGUUAUACUACAUGACCGCUUAAAUCUUGUUUGGUGCAAUUAAUCAUCAUAUCCUUAUCUGCUUUAAGUACAACACACGUUGUAUUAAAGUUAAAAUCUUGUUCUUACUUUUGUCCAAAUGUACUGAAUUCUAAUAAAGAGGAUCUGGCUUUGUAAACCAUUCAUCUUUGAUUUAUGUUUUCAAAUUCAAAGUCUU